ACAGUCCAACAUAAAUUGGAGAUGUGUUACUUUCUGAAGCGCAGUCAUUAUUAGAGUUAUAGAGCCGCGGAUGUAUACGGAAUACGCUUGUUGCUCUUCUAAUCCCAGGAAGCGAAACACGCUCGGAACUUGAGUGAAGUGUCGGACCAAGAGGCAUGGGGCGCUGCGUUAGUUUGGAUCCUCUAACAAACUACUGACUAUUGGGCUGUCUCCACUUAAAAAAAAAAACUCAACUGGUAAUCCGUUGAGCUUGAUGGCGGAAUCCCCCAGGACCGACUCUUAGUUGGACUACACAUUUACAUUUGAUGGCUAACGAUCUGUCUGUUGAUGAUGAACCUUGUGGCCUGUGACGUUCACACAGUAUUCGAGGGGACAGCAAGGAGAAUACUUUCUCUGGACUAAGUGAAGACCUCCCUCUUGAAGAAGUGUGAAACAUGCCCUUGCCAUUUGGCUUAAAACUCAAAAGGACUCGAAGGUAUACUGUUUCAAGCAAGAGCUGUCUUGUCACUCGGAUUCAGCUGCUCAAUGGAGAGUUUGUUGAGUUUACACUUUCAGUGGAGAGCACGGGGCAGGAAUGUUUGGAAGCAGUUGCUCAGAGACUUGAGUUAAGAGAGAUAACAUACUUCAGCCUGUGGUACUUCAACAAGCAGAACCAGCAGAGAUGGAUUGACUUAGAGAAACCGCUGAAAAAGCAGCUGGACAAGUACGGGCUGGAGCCCACCGUUUACUUUGGAGUCGUGUUUUACCUACCCAGUGUCACCCAACUGCAACAGGAGAUCACAAGAUAUCAGUAUUACCUACAACUAAAGAAGGAUGUUCUGGAGGGCAGGAUCUCGUGCUCACUAGAACAAGCUAUCCGUUUAGCUAGCUUGGCAGUGCAAGCUGACUUUGGAGACUUCAAUCGAUAUGAUUCCCAGGAUUUCCUCCAGAAGUUUGCGUUGUUUCCUAUUGACUGGAUCCAGGAUGAGCGAGUGCUGGAAGAGGCCACUCAGAAAGUGGCUCUUCAUUAUCAGUCCUUCAGGGGUUUAUCAGCCCCAGAGGCAGAGAUGUUGUACAUGCAGGAGGUUGAGAAAAUGGAAGGCUAUGGUCAGGAAAGCUAUCAAGCCAAGGACAGUUCAGGUGCAGAUGUUUCCAUGGGAGCCUGCCUCGAUGGCAUCUUUGUCAAGCAUAAAAAUGGCAGGCCGCUUUCAUUUAGGUGGAAUGAAAUUAACAACAUGAGUCACAACAGGUCCUUCUUUGUCCUGGAGCUAGCCAACAGAGAGGAGAGUGUCCAGUUCCAGACCGAAGACAUGGAAACCUCCAAAUAUGUGUGCCGGAUGUGUCUGGCCAGACUCAAGUUUUAUAAGAUUAACAAGAGUAGCCUCCAAACCCAGCCUACAGUCGUUAACCCGGUCAGACGGAGAUCGUCUACUAGAAUAUCUCUGCCAAAGCCUCAGGCCUACAUGAUGCCACCGCCACAAAUGCACUACAACGGUCAUUUCACAGAGCCUUACACAUCAUCACAAGACAACCUGUACAUGAACAGUCAGAACGGUUAUUACUACCAUUCCCAGACAAGCCUGGACUGCUCUCCUCUGGAAUACAGCAGCGGAGGGCGUUUACGUAACGGCAGUGUGUACAGCGCCCACAGUACCAGCUCUCUAACCAAUCCCCAGCACUACCAUCAGCCCUCACCCAUGUCCUCCAACCCCUCUAUUACUAGCGAUAUCACCAGGCCGGACUAUGUCCCCUCUCAUCGCCACAGCGCUCUCAUACCACCUUCUUACCGUGCCACGCCCGAUUAUGAGACAGUGAUGCGUCAGAAGACCCGGGGAGCAGGAGGAGGGAUGCUUUUGUCCCAAGAACACCGACAGAGCCACUCCAUGAGGAACUUGAAUAUUGGAAACUCCUACGCCUACCGCCGGCCAGACCAUCUAGUUUACAGCCAGCCAGAGAUCAGAGGGGAGCAUGGCGGAGCAGCCCAACACCAUCACUAUCCCUUCCAUCUUGGCUCCAGCUUUCACAGCCCUUCUCCAUAUCCCUACCCUACAGAAAGGAGGCCUGUAGUAGGGGCGGUUAGUGUCCCGGAGCUGACAAAUGUCCAGUUACAACAGGCCCAGGAGUAUCCCGCCCCGAACAUCAUGAGAACACAAGUGUACCGACCACCUCCACCCUACCCAUACGCCCACCCUCGGCCUGCUAACAGCACACCGGACCUGUCGCGUCACCUGUACGUCAGCAGUAGCAACCCAGACCUGAUCAUCACGAGGCGUGUGCAUCACUCAGUCCAGACUUUCCAAGAGGACAGCCUGCCCGUCGCCCACUCUUUACAAGAGGUGUCGGAGCCUCUUUUCAACGGACCCCCACAGAGACAACCGUACCAUGCUCAGAAGCGGAACUCCAUUGAGAUUGCCGGAUUAGCGCAUAGUCUCGAGGGGAUGAGGGUGAAAGAGCGAACUGUGUCUUCUUCUGCAGCUGAAGCUGCCACGCCCCCUCCGGCCCUGCGUGGCGUUCGCUCCCAGGGCUCUCAACUCAACGUGUUUUUGGAACGUACCAAGACUGGGGACAGGAGUGACAUUAAGGAGGACGUGCAGUAUGGACACAAAAAGUCCCUUUCAGAUGCCACCAUGCUGGUUCACAGUAGUGGGGAAGAAGAGGAGUUUGAGGAAGAUACCGGACGUCACAUUCCACUUUCUAAGGAUGCAAUAGCAGCGGCUGUUACUGACCAGCCGUCCCAACCGCACCAAAGCUUGACAUCUCUCUCUUCUCUGACGCCUCAGCAACAGGCUCCCAUAGAGCCGCCUCCCGCAUAUCCCAUAGGCUCCUCUCUGGACCCCUCCAUAACCAGUUCCUUGACUUACAAGGUUCACCCCCUGAUCCAAGAGAGUGAGCCGCUGUACUUGCUGUCAGAUUUACGGCAGCCCAGGAUUAUGCCUUCGGUGUCUGAGGGAGACCUGAGUGGCCAGGCCAAGCAGAAGAAUAAAAAAGACUUAAAAAAGAGGCCCGUGUCUGAUGUGCCUCCUGGGAAGAAAACCGUAGAAGGUUUGCCCCCUCCGGGUAUGAAGAAGGGAGCAAGGUCAGAGGUGAAGAAGAUGGGCCCUCUGAAGGUGGCACAUCUCAAUGGACUGUCAGUUUCCAGGCAGCCAAUGAACGAAACGGUGAAGGAUGAGCCUGAACGAGCCUCUAAUGACGAGAGGUGUAAAGUUCUGGAGCAGCAUAUGGAGAGGGGCGAGCUGCUGAAAGAGUACGAGAGUAUCCCAAAGCGUCGUCCAGCAGGCGAAUGCACCAUCGCCCAGCUGCCAGAGAGCGGAGAUAAAAACCGCUUCCAGGACGUCCUGCCUUACGAUGACACCCGAGUGGAGCUGGUUCCCACUAAAGAGAACAACACAGGAUACAUAAAUGCAUCACAUGUUAGAAUCACGGUCGGUGGACAGGAGUGGAGCUACAUCGCCUCGCAGGGUCCCCUGUCGAAUACAUGUCAAGACUUCUGGCAGAUGGUGUGGGAACAGGGCGUCUCCAUCAUCGCCAUGGUCACUGCUGAAGAGGAGAGCGGCAGAGAAAAGAGCUUCCGAUAUUGGCCCAGACUCGGCUCACGACACAACACGGUGACAUACGGUCGCUUCAAGAUCACAACGCGGUUCCGCACGGAGUCCGGUUGCUACGCCACCACCGGGCUGAAGAUCAAACACCUACUAACAGGCCAAGAGAGAACUGUCUGGCACCUGCAGUACAUAGACUGGCCGGACCACGGGUGUCCUGAGGACUUGAAAGGCUUCCUGACUUACCUUGAGGAGAUCCAGUCUGUGAGGAGACACACAAACGGUAUCAGUGACCCAAAGAACACCAACCUACCUGUACUGGUCCACUGCAGUGCUGGAGUGGGACGGACUGGUGUGGUCAUCCUGUCUGAGAUCAUGAUAGCCUGUCUGGAGCACAAUGAGACGCUGGAUGUCCCAAAAUACCUGUUGAACCUGCGCCGUCAGAGAAUGAUAAUGGUUCAGACCUUGUCUCAGUACACCUUCAUCUACAAGGUCAUCAUCCAGUACCUCCGCAACUCCAGGCUCAUAUGAGCACAAGUGUCUGUCCGGCCGGACUUCGUCCACCAGCAUCCACUGUCCUCACAGGUGAUGGGGUGUUAGCUCCAGAUGAAUGGAUGAAUUUGGUCACUGCAGCAUUUGGCGGACCCCUUCUGGUCAAGUCUUUGAUCAUGCAAGGCUGAAGGAAUGAUGUGAAACUACAAAAAAUAAGCAAUACCACAUGAAGGAGCAUAAAGACUUAUGACCUGCCUCGAAACAGUAUUAUAUAUUUUAUUUUUUACAUACAUUAUUGCUUAAUAAAGCCUAGCACUUUCUCCAAGUACUUUGCUGUACAUAAUGAACCAAUGUUAUGCUGCAUUUAAAAAAAAAAAAAAAAAAAAAAAACUAUUACAGCAUUUUUUGUUCUCUUAAAUGUGUUUUUUAUUGCAGUUUGGUAACUAUUGGUUCUGAUGAUGAAGGCUUUUGUGGAGUAAUAAAGAGUUAGUGUUCAGAUGGAUUUGAACUUCAUCAUGUGGCCUGUGGUGGUACAGGCAGGGGUUUGUCCCUGCAUUGAACUUCAUGAGAAUACAGAUUUACGUUCAACAGAAUGACGCUAAUGCAUCCCAUACUCCCCACGAGUUGGCUGUGCUACUUGGUGUGAGCAAUCUUCAUGUUCAAUAAGCCCUUGAACCCACGACAUCUACAACAAAGCACAUGCUAACAACAUAUAUCCAUCAUCUCUGGACAGAGAAUAUACAUGUCUUUGUUAAACACUGGAUUGAUGCAAAGUAUAAACGCAUUGCACAGGUUUCAGAAAUCUAUAGUUGAACGAAGAGAAACAAUGACGGCAGAUUUGAGUAAAACUGGAAUUUUUAUACUCGUAUUUUUCAUCCCUUUUUUUUUUUUAAUCAUGAGAACCAAGUGCUGUAUUUGAUCAAAAACAAUAUAUUUAAGAUAUUUUUUCACGACAAAGUGCCUAUAUAAUCUACCUUGUACCGUUGAAAGGACUGUAUGUCUGCACAAUAUGAAGGACAUUUAAUGUGUGAAGUGCAGUGAUUGUUUAUUCAUGCCAGUUGAUACAUUUGAGAAACAUCCCUGCAAGAAGUUCAUGUAUUGCAAACAAAAAUGAUCAGACUUGGACUCCCUUGGGUUGAGCCAGCUGGUCCUUUGUGUCAUUAAGUAUGUAAACACUAGGAAGUGACACCAUGGAGCUGUGGUCUGAAGGGCGUCGCUAGUUUCAGUAUCCCGUCUGCCACACUUGUUUCCACUCUAGUGAGGAGAGUCCAUGUGCGAUCACUUCCUGCUGCAGCUAAAGGGAAUAUUUUCAGAGUGCAGUUGUGGCAUUCACCUGAACGGAAACGAGGCUUGCAGGCACGGCAAAGUUUACAUAUAUUUAACAAAGUUCAUUUGAAGUAUUUUGCCUAUAUUAUCAAUUCAAGGCAGCAACUUAAUUUAUAACGUGGCCAAAGUGAAGCAAUUGUUAAUCCCUCGUUGUCUUACCCCGGUGUUUUUGUUGUUGCAUGCGUGGGCAGGGAUCCGACUUAACUGGAGAAAAAUACGUCUCUGAUGUCAAGAUGCGUUUCUCUACUGGAUCUUUAAGAUCCGCCCCGUGCGAAUUGGCUUCAGGUUUUGUGUUUUAACAUACUGAUCCAGUCUUAGUGUGGAGACUUGAGUGAUUUUUGUGGCCACGGUGUAACAGGUUUGUCCAUGUACAGGUAUGUUUAUAAUGUACACAAUGUAAAAAAAAUGUCUUAUGAAUAUUGGAUAAUGUACAAACUAUGUAUAAACUUUUA